AUGGACUUUCCCUCGCGUCGCCACCACUUCCCCCUCCCGUCGUCCUCGCUUUUCCCUCGCGUCGCCUCCACUUCCCCCUCCCGUCGCCCCCACUCCCCCCUCCCGUCGCCUCCACUUCCCCCUCCCGUCGCCUCCACUUCCCCCUCCCGUCGCCUCCACUUCCCCCUCCCGUCGCCUCCACUUCCCCCUCCCGUCGCCUCCACUUCCCCCUCCCGUCGCCUCCACUUCCCCCUCCCGUCGCCUCCACUUCCCCCUCCCGUCGCCUCCACUUCCCCCUCCCGUCGCCUCCACUUCCCCCUCCCGUCGCCUCCACUUCCCCCUCCCGUCGCCUUCACUUCCCCCUCCCGUCGCCUCCACUUCCCCCUCCCGUCGCCUCCACUUCCCCCUCCCGUCGCCUCCACUUCCCCCUCCCGUCGCCUCCACUUCCCCCUCCCGUCGCCUCCACUUCCCCCUCCCGUCGCCUCCACUUCCCCCUCCCGUCGCCUACACUUCCCCCUCCACUCGCCUGAUCUUCCCCCUCCCGUCGCCUCCACUUCCCCCUCCCGUCGCCCCCACUUCCCCCUCCCGUCGCCUCCACUUCCCCCUCCCCGAGAGCUCUCUUUCCCCCUCUGCUCAAUCCUCUUUUCCCGGCUCACUCCCACGCCCACUCUCUCCUACCCUGCUCACUCUCACCCGCCCUGCCCACUCAUCCACCCAUCCCCUUGCUACCCCUGUCAUCCACCCAUCCCCUUGCUACCCCUGUCAUCCACCCAUCCCCUUGCUACCCCUGUCAUCCACCCAUCCCCUUGCUACCCCUGUCGUCCACACUUCCCCUUGCUACCCCUGUCAUCCACUCAUCCCCUUGCUACCCCUGUCAUCCACCCAUCCUCUUGCUACCCCUGUAAUCCACCCAUCCCCUUGCCACCCCUGUCAUCGCCCCACUUCCCCUUGCUACCCCUGUCAUCCACCCAUCCCCUUGCUACCCCUGUCAUCCACCCAACCCCUUGCUACCCCUGUCAUCCACCCAUCCCCUUGCUACCCCUGUCAUCCACCCAUCCCCUUGCUACCCCUGUCAUCGCCCCACUUCCCCUUGCUACCCCUGUCAUCCACCCUCAUUAUUUCAGGUUGCUAGGCAAGACACAGGCAUGUGCCCGCUAG